UGCAAAAUUGGAUAUCUACAUCCUCUUGUCUUCUCUGGGUUGGAAUCGCUUCAGAAGUUGAGUUUGAAAGGAAAUAACAUCCAGCAUAUUCAUGAUGAUGUUUUGUCGGGGUUGGGUCAAAUAAAAAGUAUCGACUUUAAAGGAAACGAUAUCGCGUACUUGGAGGAGCUAAUGUUCUCAAGUAACUGGAAUCUCACAAAUCUGUCCUUGGCCAACAACAGAAUAACGCGCGUUUAUCAAAGCACUUUUAAGCCAAUCUUUUCCUCCAUUUCAUCACUUGAUCUAUCAAUGAACCCAAUUGAAUGUAACUGUGAACUAAAGUGGCUCAUUGAUUGGUUAAAUGGACCUAUACGCUUGAAAAAUGAGGACAAAACUAUCUGUUCGUUAGCAUCCCUGGAGCCUCUUCGUAAGAAAUCCCUGAUGGAUUUUGAUCCAAAUGAACUCUGUAAGAUAAACAAUAGUCUUUAUUCUCUGAUUCCCCUCAUCUCCAUUGGCUUGGUUGUUAUCAGCGUGCUGGUGUAUCACUACCGAUGGCAGUUGAGGUACAAGCUUUUUCUCCUGAAACUGGUCGCAUUUGCAUAUAAAGAGAUGCGAGACGCUCGAGAUCACAAUGACUACGAGUUUGACGUGAACAUCAUUUUCUACGACGAUGACGAAGAAUGGAUUCGCGAACAGCUUCGACCGGCUCUCGAAGAACGGCUUCCACAAUUUCAGAGGAACGUCGUUGGUGACGAAGACCUUGUGUUGGGUAUGCAUUACUUAGAUUCCGUCGAUUACGUGGUAAGUCAUAGUUACAAGACCAUCGUCGUGCUUAGCAGAGCUGCUGUGCUCGACCACUGGUUCAUACUCAAGUUCCGGACGGCCAUGGACCACGUGAGCGACACUCUUACUGAAUUCGUAGUUGUGGUCUUCCUCGAAGACAUCCCAGAUGAUGAAAUGCCGUUCUUGGCGAGGUUGUAUCUCAGUGAUGGCAGGCCCUAUAUUAACUGGACUGAGAACAAUCCUCCACCAUCAGCCAAGCCCGUACUCAUUGAAGGGCUUAACCUGAAGUGGCCGGAGUGCUCGUCCUUCCAAUCUUUAUAUCGACACGAUGGAGAUUCGGCGAUGACAUCCUUAAGACUGGACAUGGAUCAAUCUUUCCAUGGAUGCGAUCAGAACCUUGAACAGAAAAAUGCUUCUUGCAGCAAUAAAGGUCUGGGAUUGGUUCCCACGGGUCUAUCUGGGGAUACCGAGGUGCUUGACCUGUCUCAUAACAAUAUCACAAAACUCUUGAACUCCUCGUUUGAAUUAUAUCCUCUAAUCAACUCCUUGGACAUUUCUCACAACGAUGUAAGAGCGAUAGAAUCCGCCGCUUUUUACCCCCUUAAGGCCUUACUGUACCUGUCUCUUUCCUUCAACUGGGGUCUUGUGCUUCCAGCAACAGGCGUCUUUAUGAUGUCGUCACAGCUUUCCAUUCUCGAUUUAACGGCAUCAAACUUGAAAUCGCUCCCCAAUGACAUUCUAAAGUGGAGUCUAAAUCUAGAUACUGCACGUCUGUUCUACAACCAGCUCUCCUUCAUCAAUGUAAGUUCUUGUGGCAAGGCCGACAUUGUACUCAUGACUGGUAAUCGACUACAACACCUUACGGCUGAAAAAUUCACCUUCGAGUGCCACACUGAUACUCUAAAUAUUAGGGAAAACCCCAUCCAAUCAGUAGACCCUGAUGUGAUCGCAUCACUACGUGUUCGCUAUUUGGUGCUAGGUGGCUACCCUUUAAGUGACGAGGUGUUGGCGAACAUCAUCCUCGGAAUCUCAAAAUCAGACAUCGAAGUGCUCACGAUCAUGGAAGGAUCCGUUGUUUGGGAAGUGAUCUACCGCCAGGGAUAUUCGGGCAACUCUCUGUUUUACAAGAGCUAA